GCAUUUGUACUAGCUGAUUAUUUAGACAGUUUAGAUGUGGUACGCACGACGGGCACACAGUAUCCGGAUGGUGAGGACUGGAGUGCAUGUUCGUGCGAAGCGGAACGCAGAUCGGAAGUCCGUCACGCAAGUUUAGAGGAACCUCCCCACCAACAUCUCACAUAUCGUCAACCACUGGAUCGCCACCUUAGCAUAAUACAGCAUGAACGUGGCAGUCAGCGUGAAAGAGCAUGCGGAAUUGAUCAUCCUCCGUUUACGAAAUUUCGUCGAGUCCCCGAUUGUAGCUCGAAAGAGCAAACCCCAAUCAGCAGUCGUCAGCCGUCUUCGUUCCAGUAUAGCUCAUCAGAUCAGGCAUCUUCGCAACAGCAGUGUAGCCAAAGUAAUGACAGUCGCGAUGGUGAUGAGGAUGCACAUACCCUCUUUGACACUAUCUGCAACGGAGUUUUAGACGUCAAGGCAGCGGCUAGAAUAAUAGUUGAAGCACGUCACGAUAGAUCUCUGAAUGAAGAGGAACUUGUUCAUUCCGAAACGACUGCUCGCGUCCAUAAGUAUAAAAUCAGGGGACUAAGCAAUCUCGAUGAUCCAUUUUUAGAGAUGCAGCUUAACUCUACUGCGAUUAUGCUGAUGUGUCAAAUACAACUUGCCAAGACCGAAAAGAUUUCGAGAAUUGUUGAAGACAAGGAAAAUACGGCAGUAAAGGUGGAAGUCCCGUUACUCUCACUGAAGAACCUCACGAGAGAGUGGAAGCUCCAAGGCAGCCCUCCUUUCAAGAUUGUAGAUCUUCCAAGUAUCUUAUUGCAUUUUAAGUUCAAAAGAGGGAAACUGCCUUUCAACAAUUCGCUAUUUCGAUAUAUCUUGGAGAUUUUUCAUGAGCCUCCGACAGACGAACCAGGAGCGCGCACAAAAGCUGGAGAAGCUUACACACAAAGAAUUGAAUUACGUCCGGACAUGUUUGCAGCUCUCAAGAUGGCCUUGCGUGACAUUAGAUCUUAUUCCUAUGGUAGCGAGAAAAGAGAAUGA